AUGACUGCAAUUGUUGACAAUGCCAUUGACAAUUUUUUCUACAUUCAAAAGCUAGAUGCCCUCCCAGGCAGUACAGUUUUUGGCACAAGUAGACAAGCAUGUGUCUCCCUUCACUCUUUCCCCCAAGGAAAGAAGCGUAAUAACAGUUAUGGAAAUAAUAGCUUUUAUAGACAACAAAGAUCAUUGAGGCACAUUAUUGCUAGGUCCGAACUUGCUAAUACCAGCUCAGCUGGUGCUGCUUAUCCACUGUCAGGACUGGAGUUGAGGUCAAAAGUGAGAGCGAUUUGCUUUUACUCAGUCACUGCUUUCUCUUCCAUCUUUUUGUUCAUGAUCAUGCUUGUGCAGCAUCCUUUUGUACUCUUGUUUGAUCGAUGCCGUAGAAAUGCUCACCAUCUUGUUGCCCGGACAUGGGCAACCUUGACCAUUACUCCAUUUUAUAACGUUGAGUUUGAGGGCUUGGAGAAUCUUCCUUCUCCAGAUACUCCUGCUGUGUAUGUGUCCAACCAUCAGAGCUUUCUGGACAUAUAUACGUUACUUACUCUUGGAAGAAACUUCAAGUUUAUCAGCAAGACUGCGAUUUUCCUCUUUCCUAUUAUUGGAUGGGCCAUGUAUCUGAUGGGUCUGAUUCCGUUGAGGCGCAUGGACAGCAGAAGUCAAUUG